AGAAAAAUUCGUCCCGUUCUGCGUUGCAUUCUCCUGAUACUGCCCCUGCUCGCUUUAUUAUCUCACUUUCUUUGCUUCUUCUCACUUCUUCCAUCCCACCCUUUGAAGAUAUUUGAUUGUCGCCAGGAUAGGUUUCAGCACAGUUUGUGCUUGUCUCUACCUUUAUUCUACAACUAAUACUAAAGUUAUCUUUAUUCCAAACACUUCAACAUCAGUAGUAUCCUAUUCCUAGCUUCCCAAAUCCAACUGAAAGUGCACCAAGAUAAAUAUUGGAUAUGUAGUUUUUUGCUAAUCAUUGCGUAGCCGUAGCUCAAGAUAUUAUCCUAGAUAAAGUUAUAAACAACCACGUCACAGACGGAAGAACAGAGGUAGAAGAAUGAUCGUGAAGUGUAACAAGACUGGGAGGCUGCUUUUUUCCACACAGGAAGCGCAGCAACAUGCGGAGCAGAUUGGUAGCCAAGAUUUCACGGAGGUGUCCGCAGAUUCAAAGUUGCUCGUCGACGCUGAGACGAAACGGCGAUGCUUCUGGAGCGAAGACGAAGUCCAGCGCUUCCGCCAGAGAACGCGGCAGCCGGACUUUGCAGUUCUGGAGCUGACUGUGGCGGAGUAUCAGCAAGUGCUGCUGGAACACGAGAAGAAGUUUCUAAAUGAUGCCAAGGUGCUCGCUUGAUUUAUUUUCACGACCUAGAAGCUGCUGCACGUGCACCAGCAAGCUUUUGAUUAUGUCUCCGUCUCCGUUUUUAUCAUUUAAGUAAACGCAACUAAUGUAAUUUUGCACGAGCUGUAGAUUCAGCUCCUCGCUGCAGUCUGCCACCCUAAGAAUACGACUUUAUUUUUACUUGGCUUUUCGCACAACUACUACUACUUUGAAUCAGGUAAUAAAUUAUGCGAAGAAGAAAAUAGUAGACGCUCUCGUGGAAGUGAAGGGCCAUGGCGUCGUCCGCUCCGAGAAGGCCUGCUGGUUCACAUCAAACAAAGGUACGCAUCGAAAUCUUUGAAGUUGUAGUAAAGAGUUGUGCCAGUGAUCACUCACGACCGAGAAGCCUUCCGAGGACGUUCCUUCGUCGUGCAAGAAAAAAAGCGUAUGCAUUUUUGCUCGACGGUUCCGCAAGGUAUAAUUGCGAAACCCAACCCAUCACCGAUCAGGCGUUUCGGAGGCAGAAGCCUGGAUAGAGGCAAACAAAACCGAUCCUGACAUCGACAAGCCACUUCGAUUGCCAGCGGAUAUGCAGGGCGGAGGGUCGGAGGCCGUACCGAUGGACGUGGAUGCAGAGGGCCCGGCUCCGGAACAAACCGGGGAAGGCGCAGCGGUAGCCGGAGCCUCCGCCCUUCCAACCGACCCGGACGCUUCGGAAAACGGGGCCUGGUUGAAGGAAAAGUGUAUACUGUGUAUCCUGGUGCUGAUGAUCCUACAGCUGAUGAUGUCGAUUCAAAAAUACGCUCCGUGCAUAUAAUAAGUACGUCUCGGCUCCCCCUUCUCUCCCCUUGCUGGGAAUCACUACUACUACUACUACUCUUGUUACUUCCACUAUACUAUGGACCUGCGAAAGAUUCGGUCGUUCAUCUUCAAUGCUAACUAAGGCCAAAAACUCAGGUAAUCCGAGCCUCGUAACAUCCUUGGGAGAAAUGGGUUUCGGCCAGAUACGAUCAGAAAAAGCGUGUUACUUCACGGAGUCUGCCUCUCUCGAGCACGCAAUACAAUGGAUGACUGAUCACGAGAAUGACGCAGACAUUGACGUGCCAAUAACGCAGGUACGAUCAAUACUACUUUCACAAACGACGCAAAGCGAAUUUAGCAAAGUUGCAUUGUAGUAGUAGUUCAUCAUCAUGUACUAACUAUAGGUGGCACAGACGCUGUCAACUUAUUCUGCCUGCUUAAAAGGGUUGUUGCAUUCUUGCCUGCUAUGAAAAUAAACCAGCAACCGGCCGCUGCUGCGCCAGCAAAACCCAAGAUGUCCAAGGAGGAGGCGGAGAAGGCCGCCUUGGAGCUGCAGGCCCGGUUGAAGCGCGAGCGCGAGGCUCGAGAAAAGCAGGAGGCCAAGGACAAAGAGAAGGCGCGAAUCGAGAGCCAGAAGAUGAUGCUUGAAACCGAUGCGCUGCUGAAAGAGGAGCAACGGAAGCGGGAUAUCGAACAGCGCAAGAGGGAGAAGGAAGCACACGAGGCCCACGCGGCGCAGUUGAAGGAGCAGCUGCGCUUGGACUACAUCGAGCGGUUCGGGAAGGAGCCGCCCCCCGAGGAGGAACAGGCUAAGGAUGACAUAAAAGCCAAGCCGUCCAAACAGCAACUGACGUUCUGGAUCCAGUCAUUGCGAAAGGAAUACGCCGCUACGAAGGCCGCGGAGCUGAAAACCUGCUUGACAACCAUUCGCACCUUCGCGAAGAACUGCCAUGAAAGCGUAUUUUAUCUCUAUUUUUGUUGACUCUACUCUAGCCUUUGUGCAGCCUGGUUACAUGAUCGACAAGAUACCAAAUUUUCCCGAGGCUCAUCAUGAGUUGAUGUAACGCGGCGGCCCUUUUUUUCGAAACGAACAAAAAAAACCACUUUUGUCCACCAGCCGGAAGAGACAAAGUACCAGAAGCUGAAGAAAGCGGGUAAAGCGUUUUCGGAGAGGAUAGCGCCGUUUCCUGAGGCACUAGAGCUGCUUCGCGUGCUCGGCUUCAAGGACGACGACGACCCGGAAGUCAUGGCUAUAAAGAACCAGGUCGACGGAUGGCUGAUGUCUGAGUGCAUCAAGUUCAUCGACCUCGUAUUGCAAAAAUUGUAAAAGGCGCAUGAUGGGGCAUCGACGCUAACUACACAUUCACUCACAUGGACAUUGAUAUGUGGGUUCAUAAGUCGUCUGCUCUAGUAGCUCUCUUAUCAUUUUUUGUAAAAAACAAAGACACGUUAGCUGGUUGUUCUCCAACUUUCUUAUUCGAUGUCGAGACCCGCCAGGUCCUCCUCUAUAGACUCGUGUAAAAUGCAUGUUUUUUUGCGAAACGGAAACGAGAAAGAGAAUGUCUCUCAAUAGCCGAG